CUUUCCGUAGCGGUGAGCUUAGCAGCGGCAACCCCCGGCUGUCAGUGCGUGUCCAGCGGGGUUCCUCCGCCCGGCUUGCAUCCCGCGCUAUGGCCGCCCCGCCGCAGCUACAGGCUCUACUCCGGACGGUCAACGCACUGCUGCGCAAGCGCCGCUACCACGCUGCGUUGGCCCUGAUUAAGGGCUUCCGGAACGGGAUCGUCUAUGGAGUCAAAAUCCGGGCCCCUCACGCACUGGUCAUGACCUUCCUCUUCAGGAGUGGCAGCCUCCGGGACAAGCUGCGGGCCAUCCUGCAGGCCACCUACACCCACUCGCGGAACCUGGCCUGCUUUGUGUUCGCCUACAAGGGCCUCUGUGCCCUGCAGUCCCGCGCACAGGGCAAGACCUCCCCGGCGCACUCGUUCCUGGCCGCCUUCGUCGGGGGCUUCCUGGUGUUUGGAGACAACAACAGCAUCAACAGCCAGAUCAACAUGUACCUGACCUCGCGCGUCCUCUUCGCCCUGUGCCGCCUGGGCGUGGAGAAGGGCUACCUUCCCGAGCUGCGGUGGGACCCGUUCCCUUGGUACACGGCGGUGGUGUGGGGGCUGGUCCUGUGGCUCUUCGAGUAUCACCGGCCCACGCUGCAGCCCUCCCUGCAGUCCUCCAUGACCUACCUCUACGAGGACAGCAACGUGUGGCACGACAUCUCGGACUUCCUCAUCUACAACAAGAGCCGCCCUUCCGAGUGACGGCUGGCGCAGGCUCCGGCAGGCGCCUCAGACCUCCGCAGGAUCCUGCCUUCUCGCCUUACACUCCGACGUGUGUCGCCCAGAGCUCCGCUGCGAAGUAAAAGCACUUUCCACAUCUCAGUAGGUACUUUUGAAUGGUGCACCCGACGGCUGAGUCAAGCGGAGGAUCGUGGGCUUGAUCCCAGCCACGCUGCUGUCUUCCAUGAGACCAGGGCAGGGUCCCCGGGCGCCAGGGGUCCUCGGGCUCAGAAGAGGAUCCUUAGAGGAGGGUCUCCUUCUGGAGGGUACGUUCACUCUUCCACUGUUCUAUGCAAUAGAGGGCUCCUGGAUGGUGAGCAGUGGUUGCAAAUACUUUUUGAAAAAUAUUAAGUUCCUGCCUCCGGAGUUGUAUUGGAGAAGUUCUAGAACACCACUGUCCAGUAGAAACAGAAUGUGAGUCAUACACAUCCUCAGACACUUUUAGGGUGAGGGACUUAACUCAGUGGUAGGGUGCUUCCCUGGGUUUAAUCCCCAGCACUGCCAGAAAAAUUUUUUUUCUUUUAGUAGCCACAUUAAAAAAAGUAGAAAGAAACAGAUGAGAUUGAUUUUAAUUCUAUGUUUUAACCUAACAUUUUCAAAACAUUAUAAUUUCAACAUUUGAUUAGCCUAGAAAAAUUAGCAAGAUAUUUUACAUUCUUUUAUCUCAUACUAAGUCUUCAAAAUUGGGUAUGUGGCCGGCACAGUGGCACACACCUGUAAUUCCAGCGACUUGGGAGGCUGAGGCAGGAAGAUUGCAAAUUUGAGAACAGCCUCAAAAAUAUAGCAAGACCCUGUCUCAAAAAAAAAAAAAAAAAAAAAAAAAAGGACUGGGAAUUUAGCUCAGUGUAGAGUGGAUUCAAUCCCCGGUACCACCAAAAAAAAAAAAAAAAAUCAAUGUUUUACACUUCCAAUACACCUCAGUCUGGACAAGCUACAUUCCAGUACACAGUCACCAUAUGUGGCUAGUGGCUUCCAUAUCAGGCAACACAGACACAGAAUGCUUCUAUUCCUGAAGAAGAUUCUAGUGGACGGUACAGAUCUAGAGUUGGAGGACAUGGCUUUGUGCUCCUGCUCCUGUGUAACCUUGGGGAAGGUUCUCGACCUCUCAGAGCCCCUAUUUCUCAUAAGAUGAGAAUAAUCAUCAUAAUACCCAGCGUCCACAUUGGACUCUUGAAACUACAGCUUCUGCCACUAUGACUGAGUACUUCCAUUUAGUGAGUUCCUACUUCCUCCUGGGUGCUUGGCAUAUUUUAUUUUUAAUUCAAACAAUGACCUUCCAAGUGUG